AUGCCGAGACCGCGCGACAUAUUCGUGGCUGAAUUGGCAAAGUGCCAGGCAAACAACGGCGCUGCGAACUUCAAUGCUGGGUAUCUGUCCGGGUUUCCAGAGCCAGAGUUCAAUGCUCUCGAAGGUGGGACACUGAGCAACGGCAACGUGCCAUACUACGCCGUUCAUAAGACCAUGGCUGGCCUGCUCGACGCGUGGCGCAUCAUUGGCGACACUAAAGCACGCGAUGUCUUGCUUGCGCUCAGUGGCUGGGUCGACGAACGCACCAAGAAGCUCAGCUCUUCCCAGCUGCAAAAGAUGCUGGGCACCGAGUUUGGCGGCAUGAACGAUGUCCUCGCAAACGUCUAUCAGCUCACAGGAGACAAACGGUGGCUUACUGUUGCCCAGCACUUCGAUCAUGCGGCCAUCUUCGACCCUCUCGCAAGCAACCAAGAUCGCUUAAAUGGACUUCAUGCCAACACGCAGGUGCCAAAGUGGAUCGGGGCUGCUCGAGAGUACAAGGCUACUGGUACCACACGCUACUUGGACAUUGCACGAAACGCCUGGGACUUCACCGUCAAUGCUCAUACAUAUGCCAUCGGGGGGGAUAGCCAGGCAGAGCACUUCCGUCCACUCAAUGCAAUUGCGCAAUACUUGACCACCGACACCGCUGAACACUGUAACACCUACAACAUGCUUAAAUUAACUCGGGAUCUGUGGACCAUGGACCCAACGAACAUCAAAUACUUCGACUUUUACGAGAGUGCGCUGAUGAACCAUCUCCUCGGGGCUCAAAACCCAGCGGACAGCCAUGGUCACAUCACUUUCUUCACACCCCUCAAACCCGGCGGAAAACGAGAUGUCGGUCCAGCAUGGGGCGGCGGCACCUGGAGCACCGACUACGACUCCUUCUGGUGCUGCCUGGGCACGGCUGUGGAGACCAAUACCAAGCUGAUGGACUCCAUCUACUGGUACGACGACUCUGGAGUCUACGUGAACCUCUUCACAGCCUCGACGUUGGAUUGGUCGCAGCGCAGUGUCAAGAUCACCCAGUCGACGACAUACCCCGUCAGUGACACAAGUACACUGCAGGUGACCGGCACGGGAGACUGGACCAUGCGCAUCCGCAUCCCGCAGUGGGCUUCCGGCGCAACAAUCACGGUGAACGGGCAAGCAGCAGGCGUCGAAGCCAAGCCCGGGAGCUAUGCGGUCCUCAAGCGCAAGUGGCAGUCAGGUGACAUCGUCACCGUGAAGCUGCCGAUGAAGCUGAGAACGGUGCCUGCUGCUGACAACGCGGGCAUCGCUGCUGUGGCCUAUGGGCCGGUGAUCUUGAGUGGCAACUAUGGGACCUCGUCUCUUACCGCAUCGCCAAAGCUGGACUCAAGUUCAGUUCGUCGCACCGGUACUUCUAGUCUCGCCUUCACAGCAACGGCGGAUGGCAAGGCGGUCAACCUGGGUCCUUUCUAUGACGCGCAAGGCUUCAAUUAUAAUGUUUACUGGGCGACUACUGGCUCAUUUCCCGCCUCCAAGUAG